AUGGAGUGUAUGGUAUCGACUGGUCCUUUCGAUAUCACCCUCAAAGUGAUGAAUGUGGAAUCUAACGAAAGCCAAGCAGGAGAGUGUGGCUCAUAUCCAAUAUGGGCUGUCAUCAAUAGGUGUAUAGUUCUUUGUGCAAAUAGAAAGUACUCCGAGGCUGAGACACUGUAUAAGGAGAUACAAGAAUCAACUUCCUCCAACGAAUUGUAUAGAAGAACCGUUCUAGCCCUUGGAAUUUUUAUUUACUCGAAACUGAGUCGUGCACAAGACGCAUUUCGAUUGAUUGAAGACUUGCGAAAAACACAAGAUGAUGAAGAUCGUCACGGGCGUCUGAGCACAGCAGAGGACCCAAUGUUAGUUUUGGCACGGAUAGAGGCGGAAAGGGAGUUGCCGAUUGUGUGA